AUGAGCCAGAGUGAGAGGGUCGAUUACAGCGUAUGCAGCAGUGAAUCACACGCGGACGAUAAGCAGAGGCAGAUUUCGCGUGUGUACGAACAGCGGUGCGGACGGUCGAACGGUGUUGGUGAGGAGGAGACGAGCAAGACGACUACCCGCAACCCAGGUACGAGACUGACGGACGCUUGCGAAGUAUACCAACUUUGCUCGGGCGAGAGUUCGCGACGUCGGGAGAUGGAGCGGGAAUCGAGGGCGAGUGAGACGGACAACGGAGAUCGGCGCAGCGACGACGGGCCGCCAAGGAGUUCGACGCCGAAGAAAAGGGACACUCCGGGGAUGUCUACCGAGAUUGCCGGGGCACCACCUGCCCCGGGGGACGAGACUCCCCUGGAACAACUAUCGUUCCAACAGUUACGCGAGAGACUCGAGGCGGCGUCGGAGACGAUAACGGCGCGGAAGCGUUUCCUCGAGCACAAACUGAUGUUGCGAGAGACGCUUGAAGGGGUUGAGCAGUUCGUCAAUGGAAUUCCCCCGGGGGAAACUUAUACCCGGGAGGAGUAUCGGCGGCAGAUGAUCGACACACGACGGGUGUUGCAGCGUAUAGUGGACUGCAAUCGAUUUGGCGGACGGAUGGUCAGGGUGAUGCCGGACAUCCGCGUUCCUAGCGACGUUAGAGGGGAGCCGGACGUCGCGAAGGUAACGGUGAUCACCACGGCGGAUUGGCCGUUGCGAGCGGACGGCACAAGGAAAUCGUUCCGAUUGUCCCUUGACUUCCGGGGCGACCAGGUGAGCGCCGAGCCGACGAUCAUCGAAGGUGAAGCGCCACCCGCGUGGAGACCGGUAUGGCGCAUUGAGGAUAGCGGCGGCGAAAUGGUAGCGCGGGAUAUACGACCAACCGAUCCCAAGGACGUAGCCGAACCGGAGGUGCUGGUGCCCCGACCGGGGCGAGUGUACGUGCUGAGCGACAGCGAGGCCAGCACCGAGGAUGGGAACAAGCCGCACGGGGACGAGCCAGUCCCAUCGACCAGCGGCACACUAGCGCCGGCCAAGCCGGAGGUUCCAUUGCCGCCAACGCCCUCGCCCCACUGGAUUAGCGUCGGGGUGAAUUGUGUCCAGGUGGACGUGCCACCCGACCGGGAGUCGGAGGAAUCCGAGGGAGAAACCGACGGAGCGGAGGAGGUGCGGGUCCCAAAGGGACAAGGCAAAGACCUUGCCACAUGCCGUAAGCUGAUGGCUGUGAGUCAGCGGGGAGCGGCAAAGUCGGCCCAGGAAAAAAUCCGGGGCCAAGCCGAUGACGAGGACGUGGCCCGCCGGGAGAAGCGACGGGAGCGCGACCGGAAGAAGAGGCGCAGGAAGGAGGAGAGACAACGCGUGGAGAAGCGCCGACAUUCAGACGCGAGCCGCGCCGAGAAGCAAGACUCCGAGGUGAUCAAACGACCUACCGCGAAGUCGACGGGGAGUUUGCGACCGUGCGCAAGCGCGGUUCGCGUAGCGCAGUCCCAGGAGCCCAAGGUGGUGUUGCGGCGCCUGUCCGAGGAGGCAAUACGGCUACUGGCGGGGCAGAUGCAGGCGGAGGGCGCGAUCGUGCCGGUGGAAGGCACGGUAGAGAAGCCGGGACCGCCGGGUGAGGCGACGGUCGCGGUUACCCAGAGCCCGGGGACCCACGAACGGGGCCCGACACCGACCGACGAGCUUGGUGUCCCGACUGAUCUGAGCGCGCUGUCAGAGAUCGUGGCGAUGUUGGAGGCGGAGCUCCCCGAGAUCCCGGAGAUGGAGGUGCGCGCCCACGAGGAGCUGGAGGACCACGGGUCGACGGUGUCCUUCCGGAGCCCGGAAGGCAGCAGCGGCUCGGAGACGGGCGAGGUGGAGCCACGUCCAACCUAG